CGUGUCACUCCCAGACGACUGUCUCCUCGCUUCGCUCUUGCCACAUCAACUCCGCUCUUGCAAAGGGCAUCAUUAAGCACCCGACAGCAAAGGUCCGCCACUCCAAACUCUUCAAUCGCCAGGAGCCCUUCCAAAGAGGCACCACUUCCAAGUCAGCAAAGCAAAGUUGGCAUUGUUGAACAUGCGCUCACAACUCUCGACCAGGUCGUCAACUGGGCACGACAAGGCUCCCUCUGGCCUCUCAGUUUCGGACUUGCUUGUUGCGCAGUCGAGAUGAUGCACGCCUCAAUGCCUCGCUACGAUCAAGACCGCCUGGGCAUCAUCUUCCGCGCCUCACCACGCCAGGCAGACGUGAUGAUAGUCGCCGGCACAGUGACAAACAAAAUGGCUCCUGCUCUACGUCAAGUAUACGAUCAAAUGCCCAACCCAAAGUGGGUCAUCUCGAUGGGCAGCUGUGCCAAUGGAGGCGGCUAUUACCACUAUAGUUAUAGCGUCGUUCGUGGCGUGGAUCGCAUUGUUCCUGUGGACAUCUAUGUUCCGGGGUGUCCGCCCACGGCAGAAGCUUUGUUAUAUGGUGUCUUUCAAUUGCAGAAGAAGAUGAGGCAUACCAAGACUACGCGGAUGUGGUAUAGGAAG